AUGAAUUCCAUCAACACCGGAACAGUUGAAAAUGUCGAAUUCUCGAUCCAAAACCUAAUCAAGAGUUGGUGCAACCGGCGAAAAUGGCGACAACUCUGCAUCAGCUUCUCUUCGAAACAACCGCAACAAGAACUCAUCUCCAUCGAACCACAAUGGAGAAUCACUCUAUUAAAGUUUCUAGAAUCAUACCAAGUUCACCUUUUCGCCAUCUUAUUGCUCUCUAUUGACAUUAUCUUAACCUCCCUCGAACUAUCUUCUUCUCUGCUCUCUUGCACAUCAGUCAAGAAGACCGAAAACAACGAUGAAUGGUUCCGUUGGGGAGGAACCGCGAUUCUUAGCAUCCUCGUCGUUAAAUCCAUGGUUUUAGCUGUUGCUAUGGGGAAAUCAUUCUUCAGACAACCUGGUUGUGUAAUGGAUGGUGCGUUUGCGGUUAUAGCUCUGAUUCUUCAGGUGUUGCUUGAGAGGAAAGGGACCGGGUUCAUCGUGGUGGUUAGCUUGUGGCGGGUUUUGAGGGUUGUGGAAACUGCCUUUGAGCUUAGUGAUGAAGCCAUUGAAGUGCAGAUAGAUGGAAUCAUCAGCCAGUUUCAAGCUCUUCGUAAAGAGAAUAGAACAUUACUAGAGACUCUUGCAGAGAAAGAUGAAGUAAUCAAGAAGCUAGAAGAAGAGAUAGAUGGAUUCAAAGAAAAUGGCGAUAUUCUAUUUGUAAUAAACCAUAGGGAUUAG